AGGAGGGAAAUAGAAAAACCUGCUUGUUAGGUUAGGGUUUCUGCGUCGGCUAGUUUGGACGCAGGAGACCGCAGGGCGAUGGGCGCGCCGAAGCAGAAGUGGACGUCGGAGGAGGAGGAGGCGCUCCGCCGUGGCGUGCUCAAGCACGGAGCGGGCAAGUGGCGGACCAUCCAGAAGGAUCCCGAGUUCAGCCCAGUCCUCUCGUCCCGCUCCAACAUCGACCUCAAGGACAAAUGGAGGAAUCUAAGUUUCAGUGCAAGUGGAAUGGGUUCAAGGGACAAAACAAGGGGUCCAAGGACAACUGGACCCUCAUGUUCCCCAUUGUCUACCUCACAGGCUUCCUCACAGGCUUCGGUUGCCCCAGUGGCAAAUAAAGUUGCUGAAGCUCCACCAGGAGCUGAGAAAAAGCAACAGGAAGUGAAACCUCAUCCAAAGUAUGGUGCCAUGAUCCUGGAAGCUCUUUCGGAGUUGAAUGAGCCAAAUGGUACAGAACUUACUGAAAUCUGCAGCUUCAUAGAGCAAAGACAUCUAGUGCCAACAACCUUUAGAAGAGUGAUUGGUACAAAGUUACGGCGGCUUGUAGAUUCAAAAAAAAUUGAAAAGGUUGAUACUAAGUCCUAUAGGCUCGCCGAUUCCUUUGCGACGAGAACUCCAGCUCCAAUAAAAGCUUCAGCUCCAAAACAGAAGGAUCCAUCCAAGCCAUCGAAGGUGUCAAAGAACCUAGGAUUGUUUGCCACCUCCAGCCCUGCACUAGAGGCAGCCAUGGCCGCAGCAGCCAAAGUAGCUGAUGCAGAGGUGAAAGCACAUGAUGCACAUGAUCAGAUGAUGGAGGCAGAAAGGAUCCUCAAGAUGGCUGAGAAGACGGAGUCUCUCCUCACGAUUGCAGCAGAGAUCUAUGAUCGAUGUUCAAGGGGAGAGAUAACCACAUUAAAUCCGCCGCAAAGGGAGGUCUCGUCGUCGUCCCCCCCCCCCCCCCCCCCCCCCCCAACCAAAUCCCCCCAAACCCUACCGCCGAUCCGGGCCCAGAUCGCCAUGGCCGCCCCCAACAGCAACGAUGCCGCCAGCGCCAGCGGCGCCGCACCCGCCGGCGAGGAGGACACCUCCAUCGAGGCGCUGGCGCGGCGCGUGCAGGAGCAUAUGACCCUCGCCUCCAACCCCACCGCCCGCCGCCACAAGUUCUGGGAGACUCAGCCCGUCGGCCAGUUCCGCGACGCCGCCGACGCGUCGCUCCCGGAUGGCCCCAUCGAGCCGCCCACGCCGCUCUCCGAGGUGCGCGCCGACCCCUACCCGCUCCCCGCCGCCUUCGAGUGGCUCACCUGCGAUCUCGACGAUGACGCGCUCCUCGCCGACCUCUACUCGCUGCUCGCCCACAACUACGUCGAGGACGACGAGAACAUGUUCCGCUUCAACUACUCCCCGGCCUUCCUCCGCUGGGCGCUCAAGCCGCCCUCCUUCUUCCGCGCCUGGCACAUCGGCGUCCGUGCCAAGGAGUCCAAGAGGCUCGUCGCCUUCAUCUCGGGCGUCCCCGCGCGCAUCCGCGCCCGCGAUGACGUCGUCCGCAUGGCCGAGAUCAACUUCCUCUGCGUCCACAAGAAGCUUCGAUCCAAACGCCUCGCACCCGUCCUCAUCCGCGAGGUCACCCGCCGCGUCCACCAGGAGAACAUCUGGCAGGCUGCAUACACCGCAGGGGUCGUCCUCCCGACCCCCAUCACCACCUGCCGCUACUGGCACCGAUCCCUCAACCCCAAGAAGCUCAUUGAUGUUGGGUUUUCUCGCCUUGGUCCGCGCAUGACCAUGAGCCGCACUGUCCGGCUCUACAAGCUGCCUGAUGCGCCGCUCACCCCUGGAUUCCGCCGGAUGGAGCUGCGGGAUGUUGCUGCUGUCACAAGGCUGCUGAGGGCCUACCUUGCAAAGUUUGUGGUGGCGCCGGAUUUCGAUGAGGUGGAUGUGGAGCACUGGCUGCUGCCCCAGGAGGAUGUGGUUGACAGCUACCUUGUUGAGAGCCCUGAGACGCAUGAGGUCACAGAUUUCUGCAGCUUUUACACGCUGCCGUCAUCUGUGCUGAACAAUGCUAACUAUGCGACGCUCAAGGCUGCAUACUCGUAUUACAAUGUUUCCACCAAAACCCCAUUGCAGCAGCUGAUGAACGAUGCGCUGAUUGUUGCCAAGCAGAAGAACUAUGAUGUUUUCAAUGCUCUUGAUGUCAUGGAGAACGAGUCAUUCCUCAAGGAGCUCAAGUUUGGUCCUGGAGAUGGGCAGCUCCACUAUUACCUCUACAACUACCGGAUUCGCAAUGGCAUCAAGCCUUCGGAGCUUGGCCUUGUACUGCUAUAGGCAGUCCAGUCAGGACAGUCCUCAGUUUACACCUGUACUUCCACAGCAGGUACCUUGUGUUGCUGGUUUAGUAUGUGUGUUUUGUGAUUGCAAUACCCAGGUGAUGAUAUAUGGUCCUCUGCAUGCUGUAGGUUGUUCACUGUGCAAUUCGGUGGUUUCUCAUUUUGUUUAUUGGGGUAGUGAUUCUCCUUGAUAUGAUUGCCAUGGCCAUUGAUGGGAGUCCAAGAUGAUUUGCGAGGAGUCUUGAAUUAGAAAUCAUUUUCUUCAUUUAAGAUUAUUGUUUCCCAUUAGUGACAUUUUGUGUGCGUGGUCCAAAAUAUGUAUGAUGGCACUGAGUUUACCAAGAAAUUUUGAUAGAACUUGUGAUAUCGAUGUCAUUUGUGUGCUGUGGCGUUAUGGUUGCACA